UGUUUACGGGGCACGGAAGAGUUGAGAUUCAACAUGACAACUGACAUUUGAAGCUAACCAGGUUGCAGGUAUUUUCGGUGAAAGCUGCGUGUCCCAUCACACAGUCAUCAUGAAUGAGCCAACAAAAGAUGACAUUUAUGCGUACGCCCUGUCCAAGACCCUGACAAAGGUUUCAUCACCUGCAACUGUAGGACUCUACUCUUCAUGUCAGAAUCGACUAAACAUGAUUCUGGAACAAAUGGAAGUGUACAUGAACCAGGAGGCUUUGAGGAUUGAAAAGGAAUAUAAAGGAAGAUCCAGGCCUCGCUCAGUUCAGCCUUCAUUUACUGACUUUCUAGCACUCUUUGGCCGACUGCUCUUCUACAGGCCAAUUUGGACAAAAGAGAACCAGCAGCACCACAACGUCAGGUUCAUUUAUGUGCACUUUAGUGCUUGGCAUUUUGCAGGCAGUGACCUGCUUUGGGCGGGCAUAGCCAUACGGCUGUUUCAGGCCAUGCAAUUGAGCUUUGGGAAAUUACAACUUGUACUUUACCGUGUGGCUCAAUACGAUGAAGAGGAGGAAGUCAAGCAGAAGAUUGUAAAGGAUGGUCCAGAUCAUUGGAGAACUAAGAAGAUUUGCUGCUGCCCGCUGUGGUUACUCGUCUUGUGUAUUCUUGUGAUACCAGCUAUCAUCCUGGUGUUCGGGUUGACAUUUGGCCUCCCCAAAACCGAGGUGAAACCAAACGGGACGGAGACUGCAACAAAUGGCCAGGUGGGUGUGCUGGAGGGCCUUAUCAUUGCUGCAUUAGGAGUCCCUGCAGCCAGUGCAUUGAGGUUUGCCUUCAUGAUGGGCAAGAACCUCAUUUUUAGCCAGGAGCUGAACAUUAAGAGGGGGAUGGACAACGAACGGAUCAGCAGCCAACUGGGCUUUUUGAAUGAGGUCCGAAAGGAAAUGUGGCUUUUGACUCGCUUCAUCGAGUUUAUGGAGGUGUUUGAGAGGAGAAGGAUUCGAGUAGUGCUAAACAUCACCAGUCUCGACCGCUGCUCUCCCAAGAAAAUUGUUGCAGUCCUGGAUGCCAUCAACAUUCUGCUUUCAGAUGAGGAUAGCCCAUUUAUUUCCAUUCUUGCAGUAAACCCCCAGGUUCUUGUAGAGAAAGUGAACUUUGCAGAUGGCUGCUUCAGCAAAGAGGACAGAGCCUAUGCACUGUUGAACCGCAUAGUGACUCUGGCCUUCACGGUCCCACCGCUGUGCGAUGAUUCGAGGCGCAAUUUAUUUUACAGCCUCUCUAGCACUUCAAAAAUCCUUGAGGACUCUUCCUCAAGGGAAGGUAAACACAAAAGAAAUGCAUCUUUCUCAAAUGUCCCUUUAGUGGAGGUUGCAUCAGAAACGAAGGAGACAAAUCCACUGAUCAAUAGAAAUACAGCACCACUGGAUGUACAGGAGGAGGAAGUAAAGAAUUUGGUCUGGAGCAUUCUGACCAGCAAUGAAAGGAACCUAAACAAGUACAUGUUAGAUGAUGUCAUGUCGAUGAGGAGGGUCAUCAACUCUAUUCAAGUAACUGUGAUAAUCAUGAAGGCCUUGAAGAAAGAGCUUCCUCAACCAGAACGCAUUGCAGCAUGGGUGGUCUUAGCCAAUCAGUGGCCCUGCCGGCUCAGCUGGAUUAUCCAGUGCGUAGAAGAUGCUCAGCAGAGGGCAGAUAUUGAUCAUAACAAUGUCCUAGGCGUGGACAACUCAAAGACCUUAUGGGAUGUCUUCCGUGGGUCUCGGGCAGAGCUGUAUGUGAUGAGCACACAGAUUGAGGACCUCCUUGAGCAGGAUGGAGAUCCUGAGAUGUUUGAAAAAUUCCUCAAAGUCGAUUUCCAGUUCACUGUGAACGACUUGAAGAUGUUUGAAGCAGCAACAGUGAACCUGGAUCAUUCGAUUAGGAGGGAGCUGGCUCAGAUCAGAGGGACAGCCAGGCUGAAAGAUUCCGGUUGGAUGAGGGACCUCGCUCCUCUGCCAAUCACAACUAUCAUCAAAAUGAGUACAGAGGAUGUGUGUAAAGAGUUGGAGAGGAUGGAAUACACCAGCAAGUACAUCGAUAUUGUGAAAAGCAAUGACCUCAAUGGUACGGCGCUGGUCUUCGGUGAUGUAGAUGACCUUAAAAACCUCCUAGACAUGACCUUUGGUGAAUGGGCAACUUUCAGAUUGCACUUUUUGGGUUUGCCAUCACAUCUUCGGCCCCGAUACACAAAUAUGCCGCCAACACCUUAUCAUUCUAAGAGCCAGCUGUCAAAAUACCUCUUACAUGCUCCAAAGCAUUACUCGUCGAAUCCAAGUGCGGUGAACAGUUCCAUGUAGGAAUGCAGUUCAUAUAAUAAGUCUGAGAUUCCUAAAAAUAUGAUCUGCAUGAGCCACAUUCAUUAUUAUUGACAGCAACAAUACGCAACGUGUGCAUAGAGUUCACAUACAGACGGUAAUCCGUGUUGAUGUUACUAAUGAAUUAGUUAAAUAAGAAGGCAAUAUCACCGCUGUACCUGUGUGAUAUAUGAAGCCAGAGCCAGCAGGUAAUUAGCUUAGCAGAACUGGGAGCCGGGGAAAUUACCCAGCCAUGGCUCUGUUCAGGUUUAAAAAUACACCUAUCAGCACCUCUAAAGCUGGCUGUGCUCGACACUGCUCACCAAGAAGUAAUAUUCCAAUAAAACCACAUUUCACAUUUCUGCUUUCGUGUGGAUUAAACAAGCCAUAUGCAUUGUGUUAAUUACUCAUUUUCAGAGCCAGGCUUGCUGUUUACAGGGAUGGGUCAGAAAGAAAUUAAGUGAAUUUUGUUCCUAUUAGCACAUCUGAUAGUUUGUGAUGUUAUCGAUGAAUUCUGCUUUGCUUUAACUGUGAAAAAAAUCAUGUUUCCCACAA